AUGACGGCGGCUCCGGACGAGGCGGCGCGCCGUAGCUACCCGGCGGACGCGUGGGCGGCGGGCCGGCUGCAGGAGGAGUACGACUGGCUGGUGGUGGGCGGCGGCGCCGCGGGCAGCGCCCUCGCCGCCAGGCUCGCCGACCACAGCCCCGCCUGGAGUGUGCUGCUGGUGGACGCGGGUGGCGACCCGCAGCCCGAGGCCGACGUCCCGAGGCUCUUCUCCAGGCUGCACACCACUCAGAUGGACUGGCAGCUGCGCACCGACCCAGAGCGCGGGUCGUGCGAGGCGUACGGCGGCCGCGGCUGCCCGUGGUCGCGGGCCCGCGUGCUGGGCGGCAGCAGCACGGUGGGGCCCGGCCUCUACCACCGCGCCAGCCGCAGGGACUUCGACCGCUGGGCGCAGCCGGAGGGCUGCCAGCACUGGGCCGCCGAGCACAUGCUGCGCGCCUUCAAGGACGUCGAGGACUACCAGCCCGCAGACGCCGCCGGCGACCACCACGGUGUGGGCGGCGAGCUGGCGGUGGAGUCGUUCGCAGAGGAGGAGCCGCUGCUGGGCGCGCUGCUGGAGGCGGUGGCGGAGCUCAACCAGUCGCUGGUGGAGGACCUGAACGCGUGGCCGGCCGGCGGCGGCGGCGGCGGCGUUCUGGGCUUCGGGCUGCUGCCCGGCACCGUGCGCAACGGCACCAGGUGGAACGCCGCCAGGGCCUUCCUGCGCAAGCCGCGCCACAACCUGCACGUGCUCAAGAACGCCCAAGUCACCAAGGUGCUGAUAGACCCGGAGACGAUGACAGCGCUGGGAGUGCAGUACGAGAGGGACGGCGAGGUGGGCGUGGUGCGCGCCUCCCGCGAAGUCAUCCUGUCAGCGGGGGCGGUGGGCACGGCGCAGCUGCUCAUGCUGUCCGGCCUGGGCCCUGCGGACCACCUCCACGACGUGGGCGUGCCCCUGCUCAAGGACCUGCCCGUCGGGUACAACUUACAGGACCAUGUGACCUACCGCGGCCUACUCCUGGUGGAGGAGUUCGUCGGCCGUAAGGAGUCCUCGGACGCGUUCCUUCAUAUGGCAGAGGCGUACGAGUACCUGCUGUACCGAGCCGGGCCCCUGUCCUCUCCAGGGUACCACAGCCUGGCUGGCUUCAUCAGGAGCGGCGAAGACGCAGAUGACGACGCCUCUGGCUACCCCGAUGUCGGCAUGUUUCUCUUCGGGCUGGAGUCGCGGCACCGGCAGUGGAUCCUGCAGCGACAGCGCGAGCUGGGCUGGUCGGAGGAGGCGCUGUCGGGCCUGGAGGAGCUGCUGGACAGGGGGGACGCCCUGGUGGUGGCGCCGACGCCGCUGCGGCCCUUCAGCAGGGGGCGCGUGCUGCUGCGGGGCGCCGACCCCGCGCUGCCGCCGCGCGUCCAGCCCAACUACCUGCGAGACCCCAGGGACGUGGACACCAUGCUCGCGGGUAUCAGGUUCGGACUGCAGCUGGGCCGGUCCAGAGCAGCGCGCGCGGCGCAACUGCGCGUGCGCGACCUGCCGCUGGCGGCGUGCAGCGACCACACGCCGCUGUCCGAGUCGUACUGGCGGUGUGCGCUGCCGCUGCUCAGCGAGUCGCUGCACCAGCCGGCGGGCACGGCGCGCAUGGGCGCCCCAGACGACCCGGAGGCCGUCGUGGACUGCCGCCUGCGCGUCAGGGGCGUCGGCAGGCUGCGGGUCGCCGACGCCUCCGUCAUGCCCACCAUCGUCAGCGGGCCGCUCGACGCCACCAGCAUCGCCAUCGGCACCAAGGCCGCCGACAUCCUCGCCGAGGACUGGGAGUAG